UCUUUUUCUUAGAUCUCCUGUCUUUUUGUUUCGUUCUCGACUGAUGUGUAUUUGGGCUACACAAAUCUUGAAAAUGAAAUUCAUUCGGCUCAGAAUGCACUUUUCGUAGACGGAUUUAAGUGCUAACUUCUUUCUUUCAAGUGUUAUGAUAUCUGGAUCUACUCUUUUAGACAUGUUAUGUGGAUAGUGAAGAGGGGCUCAUUUCUGGACUUCAUAUCUACUGUGUUAUAGUGAGUUGCCAUUAGAAAAGCGGAUGGGUUCCAGAUUCCCAUCUCAUCAGCUCAGUAAUGGGCUUUAUGUAUCAGGCCGGCCCGAGCAGCCAAAAGAAAGAGCUCCAACUAUGAGCUCUUCAGCUAUGGUUUAUACUGGUGGUGACAUAAAAAAAUCAGGAGAGCUAGGAAAGAUGUUUGAUAUCAAUACUGAUGGCUCCAAGGCAAGGAAAUCUGGGCCAAUAACUGGCGGUUCUUCGAGAACUGGAUCAUUCACAGGAGUAGCUUCGCAUUCAGGGCCAAUUAUGCCCAAUGCUGGUAGGUCUAGCUACUCUACGUCAGGCCCUGUAUCAUCCAGUGGUGUUACUGCAUCUGUCAAGAAGUCAAACUCCGGGCCACUAAAUAAGCACGGGGAACCUAUAAAGAAGUCAUCUGGUCCUCAAUCUGGUGGAGUGACACCCGUCAACCGCCAAAAUUCAGGUCCUCUGCCACCUGUUCUGCCUACAACAGGCCUCAUUACAUCUGGUCCAAUCUCUUCUGGCCCCUUGAAUUCAUCUGGGGCUCCACGAAAAUUUUCUGGUCCUCUGGAAUCCAAGGGUUCGAUGAAAGUACAUGGUGUAAUUAAUAAUCAGGCUGUCACCACUCUUACGAAAGACGACGACUAUUCCUUCAAGAAGGGUUUCCCCAAGAUAAUUUUGUGGUCCAUGAUUCUACUGUUUGUGAUGGGAUUUAUUGCUGGUGGUUUUAUUCUUGGGGCAGUCCAUAACGCCAUUCUCUUGGUGGUCGUUGUGGUCCUUUUCAUCAUUGUUGCAGCAUUGUUCACUUGGAAUACAUGUUAUGGUAGACAGUCUAUCGUUGGUUUCAUAGCGCAUUAUCCUGAUGCUGAGCUUAGAACUGCAAAAGAUGGGCAAUAUGUCAAAGUCUCUGGGGUGGUGACGUGUGGCAAUGUACCCCUGGAGUCAUCCUUCCAAAAGGUUCCCAGAUGCGUGUAUACAUCAACUAGUUUAUACGAGUAUCGAGGAUGGGAUUCAAAAGCAGCAAAUGCUACACAUCGUAGGUUCACAUGGGGGCUGCGUUCAUCAGAAAGGCAUGUGGUGGACUUCUACAUAUCGGAUUUCCAAUCUGGAUUAAGAGCAUUGGUAAAGACAGGGUAUGGAGCAAGGGUGACUCCUUAUGUGGAUGAAUCAGUGGUUGUUGAUGUGAACCCUUUGAAUAAAGAUUUGUCUCCAGACUUCAUUAGAUGGUUGGGUGAGAGAAACCUGUCAAGCGAUGAUCGAGUGAUGAGAUUAAAAGAAGGGUACAUCAAGGAAGGGAGCACAGUGAGUGUGAUGGGAGUUGUUCAGAGGAAUGAGAAUGUGUUAAUGAUAGUUCCUCCAUCAGAAGCAUUCACAACAGGGUGCCAAUGGACAAAGUGUAUGCUGCCAGGAAGCUUGGAGGGAAUAGUGUUGAGAUGUGAAGAUGCAUCAAAAGUUGAUGUCAUACCAGUUUAGACAGUCAUCUUCAAAGUUGGAAACAAAAUGAAAUAUAUAUAUCAUUAUUGUUAUUAUAGGUAAGUAGAUAUGAUGAUGAUGAUGAUGAUGAUGGUAGUAUUGGUAUUGUCAUGUGAUGUGAUGUGGGUGUUGAAGAAGUUGUAUGUUAUUGUGAAUAGGUUUUUGAUGCUGCUGCUUUGCUUUGUUUUCAUGGUAUUGGAAUUGGACCCAAAAACAAUGUCUUUCAAAAUACUAGUUUAGUUAGUAUC